UUUAAGGGCGAUUCAUGUGACGUAACGCCCCCGCCUUCCCCGCUAUCCCCACCCCCGGCCGGAGCCGCAGCGCAUCAUGCAGAGUUCCGCAGGGGGAGCUCUGUGCCGCCCUCUGGUGCCCACGUGCUGUAGUGCCCCCAUGUCUGUGCCAGGAGGCCGAAGAUCCUCAGCAGGAUCCAGGAGGCACGCCUCUUUACCUGUAACCAUGAGGGACACAUAUGGGACUUCCUCUGUCAGCAGCAGCACCUCUGGUUCUUACAAAGGAAGUGACAGCAGCCCCUCAUUCAGGCGCCAGACUAAGUACAGUCUUUGUAGUGAGAACCAUGGAAUUAAGCCCCCUACCCCAGAACAGUACCUGACCCCCCUACAGCAAAAAGAAGUGUGUAUUCGGCAUUUGCAUGCGCGACUCAAGGACAUGCAAGAUGCUCUGCAUGAUAGGGACACUGAGGUGGACGAGCUGAGGUCCCAGCUAAGCCGGAUGCAGGAGGACUGGAUAGAGGAGGAAUGUCACCGGGUGGAGGCGCAACUUGCUCUUAAGACCGCUCAGCGGGAAAUACAGCAGCUGCGGGACGUCAUGGAGAACGUGAGGGGGAGCCUGGGGGAGAGCGACACCGGGGUGCAGAAAUACUUUGCUGACAUCACGCUGCAGAACCGCAAGCUGGAGACUCUGCUGCAGAACAUGGAGCUGGCACAGGACGGAGCUCCACCUGGACCAGAAGGUGGUGGCUCCACUGUGGAGUCACCUGCCCGUUCUAUGACUCGUAGCUCCACUUACACAAAGCUGAGUGAGCCUCAUGCAGGAGAGCGUCACUCCCAAGACACCGGGGAUAGUGGAUUUGCAGCGCCUGAUGACAGCAGUGCAGUAUCAUCUGGUACAGAGUUUUGUCUGGGUGAGGGGCCCCUGUGUAUAGGGGUUCAGCCAGCCCCAAUGUGCGUAGAAGCAGCUGUCCAGGCAAGCAGUGUUAGUGACUGUGGGGUACAAACAGAUGCUGUGCCAGGGACCCCAGAGCCAGAGAACAUUUUGGAAAAGGUUCUUCUGUCCCAUUCAGCUGGAAAUGAUAUUACCCAGAAGCCCCUGGUGCAGGAGGAAGUCACAGUGACCUCUGACCCCUCCUGUGUUGUGUUGGUCACGGACGGAAUCCCCGGGGAGUCUGGAGCAGAGGAGCCUGAGUUGCCCCCUCAUAGCUACUGGAGCCGUCACUUUGUAGUGGACUUACUGGCUGUACUGAUCCCUGUGGUGCCCACUGUAGCUUGGCUGUGCCGUGCACAGAGACGCCAGGGGCAGCCAGUCUAUAACAUCAGCUCCCUGCUUCGUGGCUGCUGCUCGGUGGCUCUGCACUCCAUUCGUAGGAUUAGUUGCCGGCAGGUCAGCCCCCCCCCAAACCAACCCUGAUGGCCGAAAGCCAUGGACACACAGCACUUUUAGGGAGGGCAGUGUGGGACGUCUGUUGGCCAGAUAGGGGUGAGGGUCACUGGGAUGAUGGUCAAUAUACAAGCAAGUGCCAAAGUAUCAUGGGCACUUAGUGAUCACUGAGUGGGCACAUGCCUGGUUGCAUGACUCUUCUAGACCAAUGGGAGUGGCUCCUGAUACAGCUGCAUAGGUCAGUGAUAAAGGGAUGAGAAUUAAGCCUGCCUGGCACAGUGCCAUCUGUAUGUAACACAAUCACUGCCUUCUCUCAUGAACUGGCGCACAUCACGGCUUACCAGCAUCUGAUUGUGCAACGCACGAGCAUCUCCCUAGUAGUUUAUACAGGUUUCCUUCCAUGUGCACACAAGGGAACCAAUAAGGGAAAGCCAUAAAUGCUGCUGUUGCAUGUGUGUGUUUGUGUGUUGCUUCAGUCAGUUGUGUGUAACACACCUCAUUUGGCUGUCCUGACUUCCCAUCUAUUCAUUUCCCUUUUCCUGCAGGACCAGGUCCCUUCCAAUUUUGGCUUCCAGAGUACUAGAGUGUGGUGUUCCACAAAACAAAAUUCUUCUUGUUGGUGUCUCCCUUAGGUCAAGGGCACAUUGAGCAUUGGCUCAGUUGCUCUCAGCCUG